AUGGCUUUGGUAUCUUCAUUCCUGGUGGCCUCGCUGGCUCUCCUGAGCCCGACGUUCGCUCAAAGCGUCGAUGGCUCGAAGUAUAACAACCCCACGGCUGGACCUCCUGCGAGCUACUUUGCUGCCGCUACGUCCGUCCCCGUCGCGGCACUGAAGAGUGCUGCGGCAAAGGCGAGUACCGCUGCAAAGGAUGCGACUUAUCCUGUCAACAACGAUGGCGGUGCUGCCAAGGUCACCAUUCACAGUGACUGGUCGAAGUUUAGUGAGGGUGCCGCUUUUGUUUGGGUCGCCGACAUGGAUGUCGAUUGCGAUGGUCUCGACUACAAAUGCAAGGGAAAUCAGGAUGGACUCCCUGACACCAAUUUUGGUGCUCUGGCGGCAUAUGAAGUGCCAUGGAUUGUGAUCCCGGACAAGUUCGGCACUACUUACCAGAAUCUCCUUCCCGGAAAUAAUAUGUUCUAUGGAAUCUACGGUGACUCCGAUGGUGACGAUCCCGAGGUGAUCGGAGAAGCUUCGUGGCUCAUGGCGCGAACGUGCUUCCCCAAUGACGACUUGAACGGCAAUGCUGGCCACGGUAGUGUCGAUGUAACAUACAUUCUGUUUACUGGCAACGACGCCGUGCUUCCAGGCAGCGCCCUCAACAAGAACUACAUUACUAACUUCACCACCCUGCGGUCCAUGGGUGAUAGUCUGAUGGCUGCUCUGGCGAAGAAUUUGGGUCUAUCUGGUGGGUCUGGAAGCCCAACCACCACUUUGACUACAAAGACGACGACCGGUUCUUCCUCGACGACUACAUGCUCGUGGUCUGGGCAUUGCGCGGGAGCCUCUUGUUCUAACGAGAAUGAUUGCUCUGGUGAUCUG